UUUCGAAAUGAAACGAUUGCUUAUGACCCAGGUAAUGGAGGAAGUCGACCACAAACAUGCAAAUGCCGUUCUGCAAAUUUUGGCAUUGAUGUUCCGAGUGGUGACCUGAAAAGUCCCGGUUAUCCAGUCGGCUACUGCAAUAACCUCAACUGUAAAUAUGAGAUAGAAGCGGUGCCCGGGCGAUCCAUACAUUUAUCAAUUGUUUCUUUUGAAACUGAGCAACGGCAUGAUUAUCUGGAAAUACAGCAAACUUUCGUCUUCGCCAAUGCGCAGCACUCAGCUCGCAUCGCUACGUAA